AUGACUUUGUUUUUUCAAAGGCAUCUCCGAGUGAUUGUGUACAACAAAAUGCGUCAGUUUGCUGGAGAUACAAUCGAAAUUGAUGUCGCGGCAACGGAUACGAUAAGAUCGAUAAAAGAAAAGAUAAUGGAAGUGACGGAAAUUCCAAUUGGCAUACAGGAUAUCACUUUUGGAGUUCGAAGUCUUGACGACGAGAAGACCCUCAAACAAUACCGAAUUCAGGAUGGCUACACGAUCUACUCAACGCCAACAUACAUUGAAUUACCAGAUCAACCCUCGCUAUAA